UUCUGGUCCUGAAGAGGUCACUGUGUACUCCAGCACCAUUUGUAUUUUUGUUGAGGUGUGUGAGCAUGUGUGUGAGAGUCUGCAGGUGUCUUAAGGCACGUGUGAGUGUAUUUUUUUUUCUUCUGUUGUCCGCUUUUGUUUAGUAGGCGCGAUAGGAACCUCCACAGGUGUGCGUAAAACCAUGCGCGUUUAUGCGCAAAUGCACUUUGCGUAAUGCUGUGCACUUUGGUGUGUGUUUCCACGAACAGGUCGGUCCCUCUCCUCUUCCUCUCCUCCAUUUCCCCUCUUCUCUCCGCUUCCUAGGUGCGUAUCAUUGGAUCAGUAGCUGCUGCCUGCCACACUGUCCAAUCGCAUCUAGGAAGAGAAAACAGAGAGAAAAAGAGAGAGAGAGAGGCAGCGACAGAGAGGCAGCGUGAAGAGGGAGAUGGGGGAGGAGAAAGAAAGGAAGAGAGGGAGAUUGAUCAUUUGAACGUCCUGGGCCCCGGAUUCCUCGGAGAAACACUUAAAUUUCCACUAUUCAAAACAUCUUUUUCUCCUCUCCUCUCAUCUCCACUUUUUUCGGACUGAAGGCUUGAGGGUUGUUUUUUUUUUUUUUAUUUCCUUGUUUCCUUUUUGGGUUAUUCCCACCCAGGAGACGUGCCACCACCACCACCACCAGCACCAGCAGCAGCGGCAGCAGCGGCAGCAGCAGGAGCAGCAGCAGAGGACUAUCUCCCAAUAUUCCAUCCCGGGCACGUCGGAGAAGCUGCAGCAGCGGAAAGCACAAGGCGAAUAUUGCGGUGGACGUCGGGGGGGACAUGGUCCGUGGGAUUUCACACCUCUCACCCAGGCUGGGCAGCAGUUUGGGCUUGUUAUGGGGGUGACCGGAAGGAGAGAGUGACAGAGGAACAGUGAUGCUACUGUUUACAUAACGAGAGACUCGCACACAUACAUACACAAACACACGCGCACACACACAUGCAUGCACACGUAUACACACACACACACACACACACACACACACACAGACAUGCACACGUGCUGAAAUCGCCAGUCCAGGACGUACACACUCACUUAAACACUUCCACACAUACAUGCACUCACGGAUUCAAGAGACUCACUGACUGAGUCACCACCACACUCAGAGGCACAGAAGCACUGAUUUACACACAGGAACGCACACACACACACAUACACAAACACACACGAGUGGGAUAAAGGUUGUUUUGCGAGCCAGGACUGUGUGUUGUGUGUGCUAUGGGCCAAGCUGAGCAGCAGCUGUGUGUGAGUGUUGGAUACCUCUAAAGGGUCAACACAGUCGUAACCCUCGACUCCCCCCCAGUCCCUCCCUCCUCCCCCUCCUGUCCCUCAUCUUCCAGCUAACCCUGAACAUACCAUCAUGUCUGGACCAGGGAUCAGCAGAAUAUGCCCCCCUUCAUCCCUCUCCUCUCCCCUCAGGUUUCCGUCCCUCCUCCUCUCCCUCUGCCUCUCCAUCUCUCUCUAUCCGGCCUCCUUGUCGGCACAACAAACUGUGCCGGUCAUUUCCACGGCGCAGGGCCGCAUCCGUGGCAUCCUGACCCCGCUGCCCUCAGACCUCCUUGGGCCCGUCAUCCAAUACCUGGGAGUGCCCUACGCCAGGCCUCCGACGGGGGAUCGGCGCUUCCAGGCGCCUGAGCCGCCACUGCCCUGGCCAGGAAUACGAAAUGUGACGCAGUUUGCUCCUGUGUGCCCGCAGUCACUGGAUGAGAGGAGCAUGCUGGGAGAUAUGAUGCCAUCCUGGCUCACCGCUAACCUGGAUAUAGCAGCAACGUACCUCACUCACCAAAGCGAGGAUUGUCUCUACCUCAACAUCUAUGUGCCCACCGAGGAAGACAUCCAUGAGGAGGGGGGUCAGCGUCCGGUGAUGGUCUACGUCCACGGUGGCUCUUACACAGAAGGAACUGGGAACAUGAUGGACGGCAGUGUGCUUGCAAGCUACGGCAACGUCAUCGUCAUAACCCUAAACUACCGUCUGGGAGUACUGGGAUUUCUUAGCACAGGCGACCAGGCAGCAAAAGGGAACUACGGUCUGCUCGAUCAGAUCCAGGCUCUCCGCUGGGUGAAGGAGAACAUCGCGGCCUUCGGGGGAGAUCCAAGCAGGGUGACGGUGUUUGGAUCCGGGGCUGGAGCCUCCUGUGUGAGCCUCCUCACCUUGUCUCACUACUCCGAGGACUUGUUCCACAGAGCCAUCAUCCAGAGUGGCAGCGCUUUAGCCAGUUGGGCUGUCAACUACCAGCCGAGCAAGUACGCCCGGCAGCUCGGUGAACGGGUGGGCUGCGGCAUUGACGACAGCACGCAACUGGUCGCCUGCCUGCAGGGCCGGAGUUACCGCGAGCUGGUGGAGCAAAACGUAACGCCGGCCAAAUAUCACACAGCUUUCGCCCCCGUGAUUGAUGGUGAUGUUAUACCUGAUGACCCCCAGAUUCUGAUGGAGCAGGGAGAGUUCCUCAACUACGACGUGAUGCUGGGGGUCAAUCAGGGCGAGGGCGUCAAGUUUGUGGAGGGCAUCGUGGACUCAGAGGACGGGGUCACCGCUGAGGACUUUGACUUCGCCGUGUCGGACUUUGUGGAUAGUUUGUACGGAUACCCGGAGGGCCGAGACACACUGAGGGAGAGCAUACGGUUCAUGUACACGGACUGGGCGGACCGCGACAAUGCAGAAACCCGCCGUAAGACACUGGUAGCGCUUUUUACAGACCACCAAUGGGUGGCGCCGGCGAUCGCCACAGCCGACCUCCACGCUCAGUAUGGGUCUCCCACCUACUUCUACUCCUUUUACCACCACUGCCAGAGUGACGCUACGCCGCCCUGGGCUGACUCCGCCCACGGCGAUGAGGUGCCCUAUGUGUUCGGCGUGCCCAUGGUGGGACCCACUGAUCUGUUCAACUGUAACUUCUCCAAGAACGACGUGAUGCUGAGCGCAGUAGUUAUGACAUACUGGACCAACUUUGCCAAGACCGGUGAUCCAAACCAGCCAGUUCCUCAAGAUACCAAGUUCAUCCACACAAAGCCUAAUCGCUUUGAAGAAGUGGCCUGGUCUAAAUACACCCCUAAAGAGCAGCUGUACCUCCACAUUGGCCUCAAGCCUCGUGUCAGAGACCACUACCGUGCAACCAAAAUCUCCUUCUGGCUGCAGCUGGUUCCUCACUUGCAUCACGUCAACGAGCUCCUCCAGUCGGUCUCCUCCUUCACGCACAGUCCCUCUCCGCAGGACGACACCCCUUAUUCUUACACCAAACGUCUGUCCAAAGGUUGGCCUCCCAGCAGCACACGUCACCCAGGUUCGCCGGGAGGUACGCCACAGCCACCCGAGUCCGCAGUAGGCCAAGAUGGAGGAGAAAAUGGGGUCCGUGUCCCUAAUGAGGACUACUCCACUGAACUCUCAGUGACAAUUGCAGUGGGAGCAUCGCUGUUGUUUCUUAAUAUACUCGCAUUCGCGGCUCUCCUGUAUAAGAAAGACAAAAGGCGUCUGGAACAUCGUAGGCCACGUCCGCUUCCCCCACCGAGACGAGACAUCACACCUGCAGACGUUGCGGCUCACCUGCAGGGGGAGGGACUGAUGUCAUUACAGGUGAAGCAGCUGGAGUGUGACGUUGCAUCGGCAGACGAGAGGAACAACACUCACCACCAUCACACUCUGGACACGCUGGACGCUCUGGACGGUUUGGACACCCAGGACAUCUACAGCACGCUGGACACCGUGCGCCUCACCUGCCCGCCUGACUACACCCUCACCCUGCGUCGCUCCCCCGACGACGUCCCCCUCAUGACCUCUCUGACCCCAGGAUCACUGCCCGUCACCCCUGGGUCGCACCCUGUUACCCCUGCGACGCCAAUGACCCCAAUGACACCUGGAUCGGUGGUCGGGAUGAGGAUGGGGCAUCCUCACCAGGGUUACACACACCAUAGCCCGUAUAGUAAUACACACUUGCCACACACACACAUCUCCACGCACACACACUCCACUACACGUGUAUAACCGCAGCAAGAUACUCGCACAUACAGGGACAUAGUUGCAACACACACUCAUGCUAACACACGCACACACACACACACACACACACACACACACACACACACACACACACACACACACGGAUAAAACAAAAGACUUAAAUACCUCUACUAAUUACCCUGCAGGAUUGUUACAGAUGGAAUGACAGAAAGACAUUUUUCAGUAACAGGAUGAAAAGACAGACAGCUGUGUGUGUUGCAUGGCAGGGAAACUGAAGACAAAACUGGAUCCCAGGAGAUGCAGGUCUGUGCAUCAUUUGCUCAUAACCUGGCGAGCCAAGACAUUCAUCAAAUGUCUCAAAACCUGCUUUGGAUAUUAAAUCUGCUUUCUCCACACCCGAGGAGGAAGAGGAGGAGGAGGAGUGCUGAGGCAAGGGGGUCAGUUAAUUUACAUCUCCUACUGUACCUGAGUUGCAUUGAGCAGCCGUGCUGGGACUGAGGUGAGCAGAUGCAGAUGUAGAACUGAGCAAAGAAGUACCACACACAGACUGCUGAUGUCAACUUGAACAACCUGUGAAAUGUGAAUGUAGCAUUUUUUCCAUUAAAAGAUCAAAAGGCCCUAUCUGCCAAGGAUCAAACUAAGCUGAGGAGAAAACAACAAAUAAUUUCAAUGAGAGAUGGAUGUAAAAACAGACAGAGAGGAAGUGGGGGAUUACAAAACGGGCAACAUUAGCUGAAGGAAAAAGUUACCGAGAUGGUGGUGGGAAAGAGAUUACGAUUUCAUUGAGAGGGAUUUAACAGCUCUGCGAGUGAGAAAAAACGAAGGGAGAUAGAGUGAUACGAAAAACACAGAAAAGUGUGCCAAGAGACAGAAAUUAGGUUCAGAAGAAGAAAGGGCCUCUGAGUGGGUUGCCAGACUUACUGAAGAAUCACUCUAACCAGCUAUGUGUUAAACUCUUGUAAAUAGAAUGGAAAGAUACAGAUGAUAUAUUAUGAUUUAUAGCAUUUACCUGCUCUUGCAUUAAAACAUGACUUAUUUAACCACA